AUGAAUAGAGAACCAACCAGAGAUAAGAAAGAUAAUAAGGAUAAGAAAGAUGAUACUGAUGGCCGUUUUUAUAUUAAAGAUUUGGGUGAAUCUGUUUUUACUAGUUUACGAGAGUUAAAUCUCAUGUCAUAUAAUGAAGCAACUCACUUUGCCAAUUUAAUAGUAGAAAAAGUAAAAAAGAAAAAUGUACCUAAAGAAAGAAAUAAAAAUAAUGAAGACAACAAACCCAAAUCAAAUAGAGGUGGAUUUUAUAAAACAAAACUUUGUGAAUUCUAUGAAAGAAAAGGAGUCUGUAGAUUUAGAGAUAGAUGUUAUUAUGCUCAUGGAAUUAAUGAACUAAGGAAACGUGCAUAUAGUUACUAUAAUACAAAAUCAGACAAAGUUUGUCAUUAUUAUAAACAGGGUUAUUGUAGUAAGGGACUUUCUUGUAAAUAUAUUCAUAAAGCAGAUGAAAGUGAUGAUGAAUUUUAUCAUUCAACAAGUAGUUUUAAAAGAUCUAAAAAUUACCAUUAUGAUUUUCCUAGUUAUGGUAACAAUGAAAAUUGUAGAUUUUACCAUUCAUAUGGACCAAAUGCAAUGCCGAAGCCGAAAAAUGGAAGUAAAGCUUUUAAAAGUAGCAGAACAUAUUUUGAUCGUGAAAAAGCACCUGAAAAUGAAAAUAAAAGUAGUAGAGGUGGAAAUAAAGGUAGUAGAAGUGAAAGCAAAAGUAGUAGAAAUGAAAGCAAAAGUAGUAAAAGUAAAAUUAAAAUAAAAAGCGAAGUUUAA